AUGGAUCCUGUCUCAGCAAUCGGGUUGGCGUCUGGGAUCCUGACCUUUGUUGAAGCAGGUCUAAAGCUCACGAAAACAAACACCGCGAAUGCGUCAUCAUCGAAGUCAGCAAAAGCAGCUCUGAGGCUUGAAGUGGCAGGCAACGGCCGUUUGACUCCCGAACAAGAGUCACUUUCGGAUCUUGCCAAAAGGUGCAAAGCGACUUCAGCGAAAUUAAUCAAAACUCUGAACGAAGUCAAACCAAAGCAAAUCUCGUCUAACCCCUUCAAAUCGGUACGACAUGCCCUCAAGGCAAAUGCCAAGGCUAAAGGCAUCGAAGGCCUGGAGAGCCAACUGAAAGACUAUCGUCAUCAGCUUAUUCUCGCACUAGUUGAAUUCUCAAGAGCUGAGGCAGUUGAUGGCUUCAGUGAACUAAUCUCACUUACUAAAGGCAAUGAAGCUAUAUUGAAGAGUUUAACCCACGCCAUAGAGCAUCUGCGCCAAUCGCAACUCUCCACGCAUGAUUCGAUCCCCAAAAGCCUGAAGUUCGACGAGAUGCGUCAGAGAUUCGACGCAGUUCACACUGCUCAUGAAGAUACGUUCAAAUGGAUAUAUAAGCCGACUGAGGUUAUUGAGGAAAGUGAUGACUUGUCUUGGGAUACAGAAGACAAACUAACUAAAUGGGUUGGUGCAAAGAAGCUUGCAUUCACUUCAUUCUUCUUUUGGCGGAAUGGCUCAAAGGCACAGAAGUCAUUAGACGGACUUUGUCGCUCAAUACUCCACGACAUGUUACGAGAGCGGCCUGAUCUCAUAUUUGAAGCCUUCCCUGGCCAGUGGAGGAGUCAAGCAAAACAUGCUUCCUGGAAGUUUGAGAACCGUCAACAAAUCCCAUCGUCUGUUGUGAAAGGUGCUCUGGAAAGACUUUUUAAGAACGAGAAACUAUACCAGCAGCACAUAUUCUGUAUCUUCAUUGAUGGCCUCGAUGAGUUUGAGCCUGGCAUUCAAGAUGGAAUGGACUAUAUUGAUUUAGUCAAUAUCCUUCGACAAUGGACGAUUCAUGCCAAUGGAAACCUAAAGCUCUGUCUCUCAAGUAGAGAAGAAGGCGUGUUCAUGGAUGAGUAUGACAAUGACCCCAAUUUUCGGCUCCAGGACUUGACCAGAUCCGACACGCAAAAUUAUGUCCGCAGCCGUCUGAGCAGCCUCAGGGAUGAAAACCUCAAACUCCAUCUCGCUACUGAAAUCCCGGAAAGGUCCUCAGGGAUCUUUCUCUGGACCUAUCUUGUUGCCAAAACAAUACGGAACAAAAUGACACAUAAGGCCACUAGCGACAUGUUGAGGCAACACCUUAACACUUUGCCUAGAGGCCUCGAAUCACUUUUCCAUCACAUCCUUCAGCAACUUGAGCCAGGUGAUGCGAAGAAGACUCUCCGGAUUAUCAAUGCUCUUCAAACUGCCAAAUCGAAUAGACUAGAGCUACCAUUACUCACCAUUACCCUCCUAGAUAAAUAUGAUGAAGACCAAGAUUUCUCGUCACGGGACAGGCUCAUUCUUGAGACCGUCCCAGACGAGGAAAUACUCCAGGCGCAGCUUCGCGGUGCUUGUGGCGGUCUGAUAGAAGGCCAUAAGAGCUCACGAUACGACGGUCGGGAGGUCCUUGAGUUUGUUCACCGAUCGGUUCCCGACAUUUUCCGAAAUGAUACGGAACACUCGGAACUUGCUCGCCAAAUGGAAGAUGCGCUCCAUGUGUCUCCUGGCCAUAUUGAUUACUUGGAGUGGAUAAUCAUGAAUGAUGCAACUGCUCUGAACAACUCAGCCAAGAGAGCCUUUGUUGCUCUCAUUUCGGGAAUGGAUUACAGUCACCGACUGGCCCAAUAG